AUGUCUGCACCAUAUUGGGGCCAAUUGCCCCCUUCAAAUGCUCGCCGCAUGUCCGGUGACUACGAUCAACCUGAUCGGCCUGAUCGCAGACAGUCUUUGGAUCAGCCUCCCGCCCAGUUUCAGUCGCGAUCGAAUCGGGCAUCUGUCCAAACUGCACAUACCGAAUCUACCUUCAGCCCCCUAGAAUCCCCCGCCACUUCAAACUUCCCAAACACCGGCUUAGCUCCUCGUCCGUCCUCCCUACCUUACGGACAUAAUCGGUACCCUUCAGAUCUGCAAGAAAAAAGGCGAAGACGCACCAGCCGAACAACAGAAGACAUUUUGGAGAUCGGUUCGCACGACGAAGGCGCUCUUUCUCCUCCUCCGGCCGCUCCCGACGUUCCUAGAGCUCCGCCUGUUAGCUACAAGGACCCUUACAGACAUAGUAGUCCUGCUUUCACUCCGACAUAUUCCUACAACGAAAACGGUCAACCCGGACCACCAUUAUCAGCUUAUAGAUUCGGUUCUCCUAGAUACGGGUCCCCCGCUCAAGCACGGAUUGCCGGAAUGGAGUCCGAAUCUUUCUACAAGGAUUCUACUCCACCAGCAGAGAAGCAAAACAGAGCGCCUAUACUCGAUCGAACUCGACAAACAUUCAGCGAAAACGAAAGUAUCGAUAAACAAUUGGAGAAGGAUACCGAAAGAUCUGGAUCCAUACGUCAACCAACAAACGGGGAUCUGGAAGGGCAAGGGACUGUAGAUCCAUAUGCACCAAAGAGACAACCAACUCUAAACGCGCCGAUAAGACGUCCGACAUUUGCAGAAGAUCGAUCGCCGCUGCAAAGGCUUGAGCUUACCCUCGACAGCAUUACUAAGGAAGAGAAGCGAGCUCGUGUAGAAGCUGCCGAGCGUCGCGCAAGGGAGCGAGCAGUUCGAAGAGAGAAUGCCGUAAAUCAAGAUAAGCUUCAACCUCCGCCGGAGCGCUCGAACAGCCAACAGGUGAAGGUUCGUGAUCGACGCCAGUCCGUGAGUCAGCAUGAUGACUCGGUGCAAGUUCAGCCAUCGGCGGUUACAUUCCAUGGACCUUUGUCUCAGAACCCACCCGAGGAAACUAAGCAGUAUACACCAUCCAGCCAAUCUCCAAGCUCUAAAAUUCCAGUCCCUAAAAAUAGAAAUAACGCAGCAACUCAGAAGACCGAUCUUCCUCAACGUAACUUGAGUUUUCGCGAGAGGACCGCGAAAAAUGACGGCGACCUCUCAGUCGAUGCGGGUAGUAACUCACCUGUAUCACCAAUUAGCUCACCAGGUGGAGGGUUUGCUCUCACUCGAAACGGAAGCAAUAAACUGAAGAAGAAUCCACCUGGGGACCCUUGGUAUGCCCAGCGUAAAGAGGCCGAAGAGAAAUCUGCGGCCCUUCAGAGACGCAAUUUCCAAGAUGGGGAAAGUUAUGAGGUGCCUAGAGAUAUCAGUACGGCGCCAAUAACUGCUAGGCCUAGGAAUGAGCCUAUUACAAGGGAUCCCGCCUCACAAUUUGUCGGCCGACCUCCGGCAAGGGGUAAGCAGCUCGAGCAAGAAGAGGAUUAUGGUGAACCUAGACAAAGAGGUAUCGCUGCUACAUUUGGGCCUGGUCGAAAUGACUCCGUGACCAGCAGCCAGCGCUCUCCACCGUCACAGCAAACACAUCAAAGCUCAUUGCGAAAUUCGGAUGCCCCUCCUAGGAGUGCUGUCAAAUCCGUCACGUUUCCGGACCGACGCUAUGAAGCUCAAGAAUUUGACGACGAUGACUAUGACUCAGAUUUCAGCGAGCACAAGUUCGGUGUUCAUGAUUACAUGCAUCGGCGCAAACUGAAACCUGGUCGGGGAAUGUAUCAACCACCGAAGUAUUUGGAAGAAUGGAAGAAGUCUACAGUUGGAACACUAGCGGGUUCAUUACUUGAUCUCAACGUGGAGCCCCCUAACCCUAACCCAGGUGCUGAUAAGGGCACGCCGUGGUGGGAGAACAGCGGCGGCAGACGUAGAAGCAGCACAACAACUCGACCGCCGCCAGAAUUUUUCAACGAAUCAUAUGAUGAUGCGCAAGUUCCAACGAGGUUUAAACCGCCACUAUAUCUCAAAUGUGGCCCGCUACUACGUUAUUGCGGUAUGCGUCAUGAAAAGCCCCUAGGGCGAGCAAAUCGCGAUAAUGCAUCUCUUAACCGAGAUAUAUGGAGAGGUACUGUUAUGAUUGUCACCCAGGACACAGAAUCAUCAUAUGACAUUCCUCCAAUCCUUCGACUUUUCGUUCAGCCAAUUGAGCUCCUGCCGCCGCCUCCCGCAGAACUGCGUGGGGAGCAGGUCCUUCCGCCAGAGUACGUUGACCCUAUUGCCGGCAUACCGAAGCUUGGUCGACGAGGAGAGACACUUUAUGUGCGACCGGUGGAACAUCUGGAAGAGGCCAAAGAUGUUUCAAGGUUAGAUCCCGAUGAUGGUCUAUUUGAAAUCACAAGGUCCGCUCCCGACUUCAAUAAUGCACCCGACCCGCCUGGGUCCUUUGCUAGUCGUAAAAGACGCACUCCGGUCGAUGGGGAGAAGCUUGGGAAGUACAAGGAUGUGCGUGGAUUCCGCUUACAUGCCGAAAGGGGUCAUACAUUCUGGAGAUUUAAUAUCGAAGUUGAGCUCCGGGAGAAGCAACAACGAAUUGCCUACCGUAUCAACCAUGGCCCUGCCACGGGCUUCUGGGUACCCGCUCGUGACCAGUCGAUGAACAUCAUGUUCCACAGCUGCAAUGGCUUCAGUCUGAGUGUAAAUCCAGACGAUUUUAGCGGGCCGGACCCUAUGUGGCGCGAUGUGCUCAACAAUCAUCAAACUCGGCCAUUCCACGUAAUGAUCGGAGGGGGUGACCAGCUCUACAAUGAUGCUAUUAUGCGGGAUACCCGCCACUUCCAAGAUUGGCUACAGAUCAAGAACCCUCUACAUAAGAACAAUGCUCCCUUAACUCCGGAUAUGCAGGAUGAGAUGGAGAAUUUCUAUCUAGAGAGGUACAUGAUGUGGUUCUCGCAAGGGUUAUUCGGUCUAGCGAAUUGCCAAAUCCCCAUGGUCAACAUGUACGAUGAUCACGAUAUCAUAGACGGCUUCGGUUCAUAUCCUGACCAUUUCAUGAAAUCGCCCGUAUUUAGUGGCUUGGGCAAUGUUGCGUUCAAGUACUACAUGCUUUUCCAGCAUCAAAGUCUACCUGAUGAAACUGAGGAGACUGAGCCAAGUUGGGUUACGGGUAUCAAACCCGGUCCGUAUAUUCGCGAACAGAGCCGCAGUUUGUUCAUGUUCUUAGGCAACAAGGUUGCGUUGCUCGCUGUCGACUGCCGAACCGAGCGUACGAGAGAUGAGGUUGUGACGGAGGAUACGUGGAAGAAGCUCAUGGAUCGUUGCGAUUCCGAACUUGUCAAGGGCGAGACGCAACACUUGCUCGUUCUUCUGGGUGUUCCAAUUGCUUAUCCCCGACUUGUGUGGUUGGAAAACAUCUUGACAUCGCGAUUAAUGGAUCCGAUCAAAGCCCUCGGAAAAGCGGGAAUGCUAGGAAAUUUCCUCAACCGCUUCGAUGGGGGUGUUGAGGUCCUCGAUGAUCUCGACGACCACUGGACAGCAAAGAACCACAAAGAUGAGCGACGCUUUGUCAUCGAAGACCUUCAAGACCUCGCCGUCGACGCAUCCGUGCGCGUGACCAUCCUCAGCGGCGACGUGCAUCUCGCAGCCGUCGGGCAGUUCUACUCGAACCCCAAGCUCAACCUCCCCAAACACAAAGAUUUCCGAUACAUGCCUAAUAUUAUCUCAUCCGCCAUCGCCAACACGCCGCCCCCAGAUCUAAUGGCCGAUAUUCUGAACAAGCGAAAUAAGGUUCACCAUUUCGAUAAGGAGACCGACGAGGACAUGAUUCCCCUGUUCACUAACGGGGUCGAUGGCAAGCAGCGCAAUAACAAGCAUCUCCUCCCCCAUCGCAAUUGGUGCUCUAUCCGCGAGUAUGUGCCGGGACAGACCCCUCCGCCCACUCCACCACCCGAGGAUUUCGAUGAACCCCUCGAGGCCACGCCCCCGAAUAGCCGUGGCGGCCUACUCCGCCGAUUCUCCCUCUCGAGUCGAGAGGGCCCGGCAGCCCGUCCGAAUACCUCGCACGCAUCCGUCGACCGCUCGCGCCCGCCCGUGUCUAGCGGGGGAGGAUUAUUCCGCACGCUUUCGCGCCGGGCUUCCGACGCGGGCGUGCGGCCGAAUAAGCUCCUUCGUACACUCUCGCUCGGCAGAGUCGACUCCACGCGACGUGGAAACAACGCCGGUAACAGCGGCGGCCUGUUCCGCCGAAGAAGCACAGACCGCUCCGACGACGGCGGAAUCAACGGCGCCUGGGGACCCGAUAGCGACGAGGAUGAGGAUGGCGUGUACGAUGCUCGACCUCAGAGGAAUGUACGGGGGAAUGCGAAUCAGGCUCCCAUGAUGACUGGGGGUAGGGAGUACAGGGACGGCGGCGCGAGUAUGGGACAUCUACGCGGCGGCGCUGGCGACUCGCGACACGUUAACGACGAGUACGAGGUCGGCGACGAGGUGUUCUUCACGGCGCGCCCGCCCCGCCGCGCUGUUACGCAGCCGGUUGCCUUGGCUAGUUCUUCCUAUUCCGCCGCGGCCCCGACGCCCGUGCGUAGAAACACGAAUGGUGGUCCGGUUAGCGGUGGUAGCAAUGCAUAUGAUAAUUACUACGAUCCUAAUUCCUCGGAAGAAGAACCGCCUCCACCGCGCCCGUUUCAUCGAACCCCAACUGGUCUCUCGACGAAGAAGUUGCAGAAGCGCGGGGUGGAGAGGUACGAGGUUGAUUUGGAGGGCGGCUUGGAUGUCUGUCUGAACGUCGAGGUUAAUCCGAAGGAUCCGGCGGGUAUUACGGUGCCGUAUCGACUUCUGGUUCCAAGGCUGUGGUAUGAGUAUGAGGGCGAGGACGCGAGUCCCACGCCCCCGAUAGAGGCGCCGAAGCCGCAGUUACCGCCACAGCAGCAGCAGCCUGUGAGGGAACAGGUGCAUGAGGAUGAGGAGGACGAUGAUGAGGAUGAUGAUUAUGAGGGCGAGUAUGAUGGGGAGUAUGAGUAUGAGGAGAAACCAGGCAUGCUGAAACGCUUGUUCAGCAAGCGUGGGCGGAAUGUCUCGGGGGGUAGUGGGGGCGGUGGUGGGAGUCAGUAUAGGGCGAGGAGGUCGUCGCCUUGA